AUUCCCUCUUUUUCUUCGCCGCCGCCGCGCCGGUUACAACAGCCCUCUCGAGAUUCUGCUGUGGUGGACCCUGGACCACCACAACGGCGGCGUUCAAUUGCACACCACCAGCCGCUGCCUUCUUCCAGCAUGUGUCAAGAUGCAUUUAGUAAAUGUACAAAAUAGCCAACGUCGUAAUUAUUGUAUUCGCGUAUCGAGCUACAACCGGUUUUUCAAAUUUUGAAAACUAAUUUUACCUACAUUCGAGUUUUCCUUUGAUUAAAAAAAAAAGAAUAAUAUCGCAUUGGUCUACACGUGGUGCUGUUUUUCUACUUUUCAACCCAUUUUUCUCUGUUUUUUCGCGUUUUAAAUGAAGUGUUAAUUUGGUUUUUUUUUUUCAAAUUCGAUUAAAAUAUAGUCAUUUUUUUUACGUCGUUAAGGUGAAUAAUAAGUACACAAUAAUAAUGAAAAUUGUAUUGAAUUUUAUUAGUUUCGUGUUGUUAUUCUUGUGCUUAAAUUUACAAAACACGGAGGCAGUGUUAUCUGUAAAUGCUACUCCCGAAUACGUUCAUCCUUGUCGCAAAUCAGAUCCAGAACUCAACGAAUGCAUAAAAGCGACGUUGAAUCACCUACGACCAUACAUCCUACAAGGUAUUCCUGAAAUUAAUGUGCCAUCUAUCGAACCGCUAAUAAUACAAAAAAUGCAAAUGGAAAAUGGUCAUGGUCCGGUGAGGAUGAGGGGCAUAUUUAGUAACAUGACCAUUCACGGAGGUGGAAAUUACACGAUACUUUCCGUAAAGAGCGAUCUUAACAAAUACAGAGUAGAUUUUGGAAUAUAUCUGCCAUAUAUCGAAGCGACCGGAAAUUACGACGUCAAUGGUAAUGUUCUAUUGCUGCCGGUACGAAGUCGAGGCGAAUUUUGGGCUUCGUUCACAAACGUAACCGCCGUUGCCAAACUAUACGGUAUAGAAGUGACAAAAGACGGUGUGAAAUUCAUGAAGACUGAUCGUUUGGGCAUCGGUUUCAAAUUACACAAGCCAUUAUUUCGUAUCAAAGAUGUCAUCAAUAGAAAUAACGUCAUAGGCGAAGCGAUGAACGUAUUUUUAAAUGAAAACGCCAAUGAAAUCAUAGAAGAAAUGAAACCAGCAGCUUCUCAAGCAAUAGGAAAACAUUUCAAGAACUUCUUAAACACAGCUUUUCUUCAAAUACCAUUAAAAGUCUGGCUGAGAGAUUACGAAUGAUGGUCUAAAAAAAAAUGAAAAAAAACGAUACCUAAAUAUUUAAUUAAGUAUCAAAAUCACGUGAAAAUCGAAAUACAUCUUCUCGUACGAUGGUUUGAGCCGUGAAAAUAGGAGAUUCGGCAAUAAUGCGAUAUGACAAUGAUGCGUGCGGAGGUGCGUAGGUGUACGUGCUCGGUUAUUAUUUUAUACGAGUGUAGAAAAAUUGUGAAAUACGUACUCGUACCGUACAUGCCAUAGCAUUAACCAAAUAUUACACAAUAAUUUAUUUUGUUUUUAUUAACAAAAUUCCAUUUAACAUUUUAUAUUAUUGUUCGUUUUGUUAUAUUUUUGUAAAUAUUUCUAUAGACGUAAUUGCGUAAGUGUUCAUAGAUUGAUUUUUGACGUGAUAAAAAUAUAGGCUAUACUUUUUCGAAACCAGUUUUUUGAUUACUCGCGAAACAGUUCUGAAUUCUGAUUUUUUUUUCUUUCUGAAAAUUGUGUUCCUUUGUUCUCUUUGUCUUUAUUUCUAGCUUUAAUAUCUUCCUGCUGUAAAGUACAUUCAGUUUUCAAUCAAAAUCUUCACCCACCAUGAACAAAAUUGACCAAUGUCUCAAUUUUUUAGGAAUCAAAUUUGAAUCACACGCUGGAAAAAUUUUAUAAUUUGUACCCUAUAAACAUAGACAUACAAUAGGGUGGAGCGGAAAAAAUUUAUAGUCUUCGAUUUCGCUGAAAUUGAAGUAUGUUGGAGAUUUUGAGUUGAAAUGACCCCCAAAAAAUUUUCAGCCCCCCACGUGCCACUGCGGUGGAACUGUGGCCCCCCAAAGUAGGGUCAUUUUGGAAAAAAAACGCUGUUUUUCGAAUUUAAAAGUAGCAAUAACCAUUUUUUUCGAAAACGGGUAGCACUCAAAAGUUGCGAUUUGAGAUGACGAAUCGAAUGACGUAAUUGGUUUUUUGAUUUGACCACCGCUAACCCCACCCAGUUUCGUUUGAAAAGUCGCGAAUCGGCGUUUUUUUGCUAUUUUAAUUGAAAAUACAGUCGAUUUAGGAUUCGAAUGCGAUUUUAUGAUUGAUUAUUACUUUUCACAUUGAAACAAGUGAAUCUAG